UCUACAACCAGCUCUGAAGAUUGGGACGCACAGCUCAUUCAUGCUUUGGCUUUCGGUAGCGCGAGGAAAGCUGAAGGUUAGCUAUCGUGCACGAGUUGUGAUGAACACAUACAGGACACGUACGCUCUCCUUUCCUUAUUUUUUAGAAUCAAUAUCGCUAUAAUAUUGAUAGCGAACUGGUCGGGACAAAAGAUACUCUAGUGACAUGAAUAUAAACCUAAAGCUCCAUCUUGGACCCCCUGAGGACAAAACGGCAAGCGCAAGUAAUGGGAAGACAUACUAAACAUGUGUCAGGUGCUUUAGUUUCACUGGAUUGCUAUGCUAUUCCACAGACAGGAAUGUAUAGUGAAUUUACGCAGAUGCAUUUGGAAUCAAAAGUAGCACGGUCUUGAACCAAACUUCGUCGACCUGCAACAGACAGAUCAUUUUAUCUUGCAAAGUGGAAUGAGGCAAGACAAGUGGAUAAAGUUUAAUCAACAUGUCCUACACGGACAGCUCACCAUCACCAAACAACAGCAACCUUUUAAUGGAGAGUUAUAAAAAAACGAAUAGCAUGGACCCUGACAAGCAAACUGACAUUGUUCUUUUUGGCCUGUGUUUGUCUAUUGCCAUUGUGACUUGUGUGGGAGGUGUAUACUCUCUCAUAACCUUAUUGAGAAAAAGGUUGAAGACUUCCCUUUGCCUGAUUGUGGCUUCCAUGUCAAUUGACGACCUCGUUAGUCUGGUGCCUCUUUCCUUGUUUAUGUUCUUGCAGUGGAAGAAAGAAGACUAUGGCAAGUCAGGAACCAUAUGCACCUUGUCUGGACUCCUUUACGUUUUUCAGGGGUUGUCUAGCAAUAUGAAGGCAUUUCUUAUUGUUGCCUACACUUUUUACAUUACCAAAAGGUUUGGAGUUUACGAGUCCAGCAGUCGACCACUGAGAAUGUUGUGGGCUAUAGCCAUGGUGUGGAUCAUCAGUCUGAUCAUCAGUAUACUGCCUUUGUGUGGCUGGGGUCGAUUUUCCCCUGCUUCCCUUGGCUGUCUGCCGGACAGCAAUAGUUUCUAUGUUUUGCUGCUUUUUGCUGCGUACUCGCUGUGUGUUUGUGGCUUGGUCUUUUUCUCCUUCCCUCUCAUAUAUCGGCUUCUGUGCUCUACAGAGCAACAGAAGACGUUUUCCCCUAGUUAUUUUGAGAUCGCUGGACCGCUAGUUUCAGAUGGAUCGAGGCCCCUAUGUGAAAUUCCCUCCUUAUCACGGGCUAGCUUGGAGAAAAGUUUUAGUGUAUACAAUGAAUUUAGUACAGACCCAGUGUAUUUGCAAAGCAACAUGGUCACACGUUCCAGCUCCACCACUACGGACCGUUUGCGCAUGGAUAGAGAGCACCCGAGAUACUCCCCGGUGUUCUAUGCUCAGAAGCGCUUCUCCGUGAUUUUGGCAAUCGCACGCAUAGUUUUGUGGAUGCCAAUGAUGACGCAAAUUGUAGUGAGUCACAUAGUUCAUGUUCGGAGCACUUCCAUGGAGACACUGAGUUUCUUCCUAACCUUGCUGUCGGCUGCAGUUACGCCCAUGUUUGUGCUCUCCGAGCGCUGGAUCCAUCUCCCUUGUGGCUGUUUCAUCAAUUGUCGCUCCGGUGCGGCCAAAGAACCAUCUGUAAACAAACGGAGGUUUGAUUUCAACAUGUCCUUCCAGAGCGGCUAUGGCUUUUAUAAAAUUUCGCACACGAAGUCGCCGUCGAUAGAAAAACCUUCCUACAGCAAUUUCUUCAACUGCAAUCUGACUGAAAGUAGAGUCGCAGUGCUGGACAGCGGUCAGAUAAAAACUCUAGCGAACAACGAGUUCAGAACCACCGCCAACGAGGACAGCUCCCUGCGCAGAGAAGUGUUGUUAGACACGACGCUCAGCCAUGAGGAAGGGCUGGCGAGCCAAAGCCAUAACUCCGACAACAAAGGCCUGUGUCUGGGCUCUCCGCCUCCAUCACUGAGUGGAGAGGUUGAUGUGAAUCUUGACUCUUCCUCCGUUUUCGACGGGCCUGAGAGGAGACUAUCACACGAGGAGUGCCGUAAAAUUGAACUUACUGACUGGGAAUGGUGCAGAAGCAAGUCGGAGAGAACACCCAGACAGCGGUCCACUGGAGGCUUGUCCAUCCCGCUUUGUGCCUUCCAGGGUACUGUCUCCCUCCAGGCCCCCACAGGCAAGACCCUCUCUCUCUCCACCUAUGAGGUCAGCAGCGAUGGCCUUAAGAUCUCCCCCACCACCAAGAAGGUGGAGGUGUACCGCUCCAAGUCUGUGGGCCAUGAGCCCAGUGCGGACGAGCCCCACUCCAACAGCUCUGGGAGCGGCGGUGGUGAAGGGGUAGGCGGCGUCAGCCUCAUCACCGGCAUAGGUGACACCAACGUGAAGAUCCAUCUGGAGGUGCUGGAGAUCUGCGACAACGAGGAGGCCAUGGACAGCGUGUCCAUCAUCUCCAACAUCAGCCAGUCGUCCACGCACGCCCGCUCGCCCUCACUGCGCUACUCGCGCCGGGAGAACCGCUUCGUGUCGUGCGACCUGGGCGAGACAGCGUCCUAUUCGCUGCUCAUCCCCGCCAUCAACCCAGACGCGGACCACAUCAACAUCCACAUCCCAGACACAGUGGAGGCCCACAGGCAGAACAGCAUGCGACAGACGCAGGAGAGUGGCGGCUAUCGCGAGGAAAUCCAGCUGCUUAACAACGUUUACAGGAAGCCCAGCAGCCAGAGGAACUGAGAGCCUGGUGAUAGGCCUAGAGAAGGAACACCAGUUAAGGACAAUGGGAGGAGUGAUGCCUUGAAGGGAGUCUUUGAGGGCAACAGAGAAGGUGGGGGAAUAAAGAUGAGAUUCAUCAUAGUGUUUUAUUCAUGGGAUAUCAUGGGAUGCAGACAAGUAAAACAUACAAUAUAGUGUUAAGCUAAAGCACUUGGAGAAUUGCCAUUUGCCAUCAAGGGACCAUUAAAGCCCUUACUGGCUAGUUAGAAUAUAGGUUUAUGUACCUUUGAACUUGAGGCUCAGUGUCGUUGGAAAAUUAGUCGAUUCAGAGCCAUAGGGCCAUGGAUGCAUACAAAAUGAUUUCAGACAUUUAUACGCUAAGAGUCUGCAUAGUUUUCAUGGGUAGGAGUAUGGAGGUUGACAUGAUCACUUCUGAUCUAUAAAUGGAACUAAAUGAGAGAUAGAAAUUAUGAGUCAUCAGGGGAGCCUCUGUAAAAGGGGGAAAUGAUUAUAUAGUGUCUGAGGAGGAGUGCAAGGAGAUGGAAAAUUGGUUUGUGUGCAUGCACAGGCCCACACUAUAUGGCAGUUUGAAUCACCAAAGUGCAACGCAGGCAUCAACUGGACACAAGGAGAUUCUACUGAUUGGCACAAUCACUCAGCAUGGUUCUGAUUCCAGGCAAAGGAAGGCAAAUUAAUCCUCAAAAAUAGCUUUCUAUUGUUCAUUUGUGUUUGUGUUCCUUUGUGUCUCUUGUCACUUCUUCAUUCCUUUCAUGUAUGCACAUACUGUACAUGUAUGUGUGUGUGUGUGUAUGUGUGUGUGUGUGUGUUCCCGUUCUCUCAGCAUCAUUUUGAUGUUUUAAGCAUACCGCACAGUAUAAACUUUUCAACACUUGUCUGUGUAUGCUAACGUGUAAGUACACGUAGUAGUUUGUGUGUGUGCUUGUGUCCGAGUCUGAAUGUGUUGUGUAUGUGCGCUGUUGUUUUUGUCAGUUAGGAAAUACACAAAGGAUCUGCGACAGCACCACGGCCUCUCUCAGCCUCUGUAAAUGCUUGGUCCAUGGAGUUAGUCAGCGACUGGGGAGAAUUCCUCUGCCUUAUUGCCAUUCCAUAAAUACAAUUAGUCGGAGUGACAGUGUGCAUAUUUUAACUCCUGAUGAGGGCACAGAUGAAUGUUGAUUUUAUAGCCACUUAGGGGUCCUUUUCCAUUGGUUUUCACCUCACUACAUUUGCAAUGUGGAAUGUGAGCUAGGCAAAUCAGUUACAUUUAAUAAAUGCAUAAAUUUAGCUCUGUAAUGGAAUGUUUGUAGAUGGUAUGACACAGCUUUAAAAAUAAUGGAAACAAUGCUAAAAUGAAUGGUAUAUUUGAGAUGAGAUUCUAUUUAGAAAAGCUUUUCUAAGCACACAUAUAUAGGCAUGCACACACAUGCACAUACAUAUGUAGACCUGUACAAAAAUAAUACACACACAUAAACACAGACAGACAUUGCACAGGCAGUUACAGACAGGGUACUGAAUUCAAAUUUGGCGUGCACUACCUCCCAGUUAUUUUUAAGAAAACAAAUAUGAAUACAUGUACAAUCUAUUUUAAUGUUCAUAUAUUAUAGGACUAUGUUUUCUGGGUGACAAAGGAAAAAAAUGAGAGGCAUAGAGUCAAAUUAUUACGUCUUUAUGCAGCAAAAUAGCUGUAAGACAAGUUGUGACAUGUUUAUCCUUCAUUUGAAUGUAUUCAUUAAAGAUUUAUUUACAGAGAAUGGCUUCUGUGGUGUUCCUGCAAUACAUGCACAAAUACAAAGGAGAACAGUGGGAAGGGCCUGCACAUAGUUGAAGGCUUAGCUUAGUACACAAGUAGAGUGCAAUCAGCAUUUUGAUAUUUUUAGUCUUUUUGCACUUGUAAAGCAUUCAGCUGGAAGUUGGCCUUCAUCGUUGCUCAGGCCAUAAGAGAAGUGCAGACAGUAAUCAGUGAGUGCAUGCGCAUCAGUGUAUCCUGAAUGGCCCCGGAGUUCACAUCAGGAGAAUCUCAA